GUUGAAACGUCACCCAUAGAUUUCAGUGCAAUUUUUUAACCAAUCACCGAGCUCGGUUCAAAAUUUAUUCUGUCUAGCGUCGUUGAGUUGCGCUUGGCUUCGUUCUGUAGCGUGUGCGUGUAUCUUGCGCGUGUUGUGUUGUUUUGUUAUGAAUCGAGAUUGUUGUUUAUCAAGACAGUUAACAAUUAGCUAGGUGAUUCGACGAGUGCGGAAAAGCAACGAAAAGUGAUAUUUAUGAUAUGUUGAUAUUCUCACAGUGAGCAUGUCUACUAGAAGCGGUCGUUUAAGAGCUAGUGUAAUAGAAUCUAGUCCACCCAAGACUCGAAAAGGUGUUUCACCUCCGCGUUCUCCUGCCAGAACGCGUAAAACGUCCCCGACGCCUAAAAGUUCUCCAGCAACAAAAAAUUCACCUUCAGCACGGCCUUCCCGUAAAUCACCUUCACGGAAAUCACCCAGUCGAAAACCGACGUCCAAGUUUCCCGCGCGUAAGUCUCCCUCAAGAGCAACUAAAGAAACCGGUGAUAAUGCUACUCAGAAGUCUCCAGCGAAGCGUCCAUCGAUCAAAUCGGAUGUGUCGGUCAAAUUGGAAGAUCUGUCUUCUAAACUGGAGAUAUAUCGAAGCACACGCACUAAGAGAUUCGAGUAUUCCAUCAAGGAUGUUACAAGUACUACAGAUAAUGAUUUGACAUCGUUUGAUAAAGUGAAUGGUAUAGAUUCUAAUUAUGCUUAUGGCCUAAAAAACCGUAAGUCAGUUGAAGGCAUCCCACCACGAAGAUCUAGUAGACUGAGAGACUUUAUUGAAAGUGUGCCUGAUAUAAGACGCAGUAUGAGCAAAUCCCUGAGUAAAUCUGUGAGUAAAUCCAUCAGUCAGUCUGUUGAUGCAUUCUCAGAUGAGGAAAACUCAGCUGAUAAACUUAUGGUUAAAAACUCGAAACCAGUCACAAGAAAAUUAGCAACACCUUUAAGGAUGUCAGAGAGCAGACUCGUACUUAGUGGCAGUAAGUGGGAAUUUGGAGGAAGGAUUGGAACAGCAUUACUAAUUUUACUGAUACCUUUGACAGUAUUUUUCAUCUUACUAUCAUGUAGUACAAAAUCAUGCUUUCCCCAAGUGCCUCUAAAUCUAGCCGUACUAGGAUCUCUUGGAACUUGGUUUUGUCCAUACGCAUUAUUCAUGAUCAUCAGUCAGUAUGUUCUGCAGGCUGUGUUGGCUGUCACUCCUAUUUGUGGAAAGAAAGCUGAUAGACUGGAUGACAGCAGUACUAAGUUCUGUUUUAAUGCAACUUUUGCAAGUUUUAUUGCAGUCACUGUUACUUUUUUGGUAGAUUUUUAUAAAUUAUUGGAUGUAGAAACACUGCUGACUGAUUAUGUAAGAUUGGCUUCAAUGUCAUACCUUUUUGCUCUUUUGUUGAGCAUUAUUCUGUAUGUGAAAAGCAGGAAAGUUGACAACGCUGAAUUGAAUUUCUAUGGGAAUACUGGAUAUACAUUAUAUGACUUUUUCAUGGGCAGAGAGACACAUCCCUUUAUAAAAAAGUUGGAUAUUAAAGUUUGGAUAUCAAGAAUUUCUAAUAUCAAUGUUCUAAUAUUAUCAGCAUUUAUCUUUAAACGAGGCCUCCAACUACAAGCAUUAAAAGCAGAUGAUUUAUCACUUAAUGGACUUAAUGAUUUACCAACCAAACUGCACAUACAACCAACAAUUCUUUUGUUUUCUACUUUCCAAUUGACAUACAUACUGAAUUUCAUAUUGAAGGAACAUAAAGUCACCACAACAUUUUUCUGGCAAUCAGAAGGUGUUGGGUAUCUUCAAACAGUAUCCAGUGCUUUGUACCCAUUCUACUUCACAACAAUAUCUAAGUUUGUGGCAGAUUCUCAAUUGGUAUUAUCAACUAACAUUUUAAUUUCUGCUUCUGUACUGUAUGCGCUGGGAUUCUUCAUAAUGCUUAUUAGUAAUAAUGUUAAACAUGAAUUCAGAAACAAUCCACUUCACCCAAGUGUGACAAGUAAGUUGUAUUUUCCAUCUAUUCAUCACAUUUUAAAUCCUCAUGAAUAAUUAAUAUGCUUUGGGGCACUAUGCUAUCAAUAUAUAUCACCAAUAUUAGUAUAACUUUUAGUUUUCCUUUUACUGUUACUAACAUUAUUUUAAAAAUAUUUUUUUAAAGGCAAAUUGAACUUUUCACAGGUCAUAAAUAGGCAUAAGAUUGACUUUUUUUUGUUUUUAGAUAUUGACUCAAUGCCAACAUUUCAUGGGAAGAAGUUAUUGGUGGGGAGUGUGUGGGGUAUGCUGCGCCAUCCAAACUACACAGGUGAUAUCUUGAUGCAUAUUGCAAUGGCUUUACCAGGGCUCGUCUCUCAGCACUAUAUUGCUGCAAUUCCAGCACUUCUAACCAUACUAGUGCUGGUUCAUAGAGCAUGGAGGGACCAUGCUAGGUGCAACAGACGCUAUGGGGCUGCGUGGAAUAGAUACUGCAAAAGAGUACCUUCAAUAAUCAUACCAAAGGUCCUUUAACCUGCAAUGAUUUUAAUUGGAUUAAUUAGCUCUACAUAUUUUUAGAUAUUGGGCUUUACAUACAUUGAGGAUAUACUAGAUUAUUAGUGUGCAUUUGGAAUAUUAUCAUUAAGUUACAUAAAUGAAGUAUUUUUUUUACAAACAAUCUGUACUGAAAAGUGUAAAUAGAGUAUAAAACAAAUUAAUACUUGUGGGAUGGUGCAACCUGUAAGCAUUUUUUGUGUUUUCAAAAUGUACAUAUCAAUGAAUGAAAUAAUAUUCACCAUUUAGUAUUGCAGAGGUAUUGUGAAAUAUAAUUAAGAAGAUCUCGAAUAGUAGUAAUUUGAUCUUUGUUGAAUCUUGCAUAGUAUAUUAUGUAAUUAAGUAGUUAAUAUACACAUAUUUUUGAGAUUAAUGUUAAUGAAAUUGCCAUAUGAACCACCGGUUUUUUCGAAUUCUAAAUUAGCUCUCUAUAAAUUUUUGUAAAGAAAUGAUUUAUGUAGUUUAGUAAUUACUUUUUUAGAACCAAAUCUAGUAAUCCUCUUACUACUUGUGUAGUUAAUAAUUUUAUUCUUUGACAUGAAACAGAAAUAAUGAUAGUAACUUUUACUUGUUUUUUAUGCAAUGAAGUUCUUAUUUAAUUUAUGUAAUACCUGAACAAAGUAUCUUCAUAUUUGUAAUUAUGUUUGUCUUAGUAAAAAGGAAGAUUUUUUAUGUAGUUCUUAGUGUUUAUAGAUAUUUUAUAACAUGACAUACUUAUUAUUUUUACUUAAUUAUUUCAUAUUGGUAUAUUAUUAUAAUAAUGCGUGUGCCUCAUGAUAUUUAAGCUUCAAAAGCAUGUUUUAAUUUGAAAAUAGUUGGGAAUAUUUUCCUUAACUUUUCUAUGACAUUAAGGAUUUUGCUCAAUUUUUUUGAUCUGUCUGGUUGUAUUAAUAGGUUAUUAUAGGGAGACAAAUCCGCCUUUUGAUCACAAUAUUGUAAUUCUACCUACUAAAAUAUGCAUAGACUUGCCACUUGUUAGUUUAAAUACAUAAAAUGAGCACACUAAUAUUUUCUUAUACAUAAUGAAUUCAUAAAGCACAUUAUUUAAAUGUCAGGUAUAAUUUUUAUUUUUAAGUGUGUCACAAAUUUUUAUUUAAUAAAUUUUUAGUACAAUAUGAAUUUCUAAUAUUUAUUUUUAUUUAAACUAAUACUGCGCUAGGUAC